CACACAGUCCGCUUGCAGUUUCACAUGUUUCAUCAUUACAGUUAACGCAUGUUUAUCUCUAUCUACUUAGUUACUUGGAUUUGUUAAUUUAUGAGCCUGUCUUACUUUUUUCGGUUUUGCAAAUGAGAUUAACGAUUUGGAUCCUCACCUUCCUGCCACUUGUCCAAGGCAGCUGGGAUAUCAGACUGGUCAAUGGGAGUCACAACUGCUCUGGAAGACUUGAGAUUUAUCAUAAAGGCCAAUGGGGCACACUGUGUGAUGUGCGGAUUGGUCUUGCCCAGCUUGUGUGCAGACAGCUGGGUUGUGGCUAUGCAGCAUCUGCUCCACAGGCUUCACUCUUUGGAGAGGGGACUGGUCCGGUCUGGAAACCCAGUGUGGGAUGCAUUCCAGGAAAACCACAUGAACGCUGCAGCAUAUACCCUGUGCAAACAACAAGCUGUAAUCACAGUGAGGAUGCUGGGAUCAUCUGUUCAGAUAUUGUAAAUAUCAGACUGGCCAAUGGACAGAACAACUGCUCUGGGAGAGUUGAAUUCUAUUACAAGGAUCAGUGGGAGGCGGUGUGUGGGGAUUACUGGAACAUGCAUCAUGCUCGGGUUGUGUGCAGAGAGCUGGGUUGUGGCUAUGCUGUGGCUGCUCCAGUUGGAGCACACUUUGGGAACAGGACUGGCCCCUACUGGCUAAAAGGUCAUCGUUGUUCAGGAAAAGAACAAUCUCUGAUCAGCUGCUCUAUAGAAGAAUUGACAACUUGUCAGAAGGAUGCCGGUGUCAUUUGUUCAGAACUUGGCUUUGAUAUCAGACUGGUCAAUGGGAGUAACAGCUGCUCUGGGAGAGUUGAGCUAUAUUUCCAAGGUCAGAGAAGGAGACUGUGUGACGAUGGAUGGGAUAAUUCCACCGCUCAUGUGGUCUGCAAACAGCUGGGGUGUGGCUACGCUGUCUCUCCUCAAGCGGGCGCACUCUUUGGAGAAGGAACAGACCCCUCCUGGCUGUUGGGAGUAAGCUGUAGAGGAACAGAGUCCUCUCUAGAGAGGUGCCUUUCAAGACAGAAUGGAAUACAGGAAUGCACAGAUGGUUCUGUGGUCAGUGUAAUUUGUUCAGGUGCUGCCAUUCCUGUCAGACUGGCCAAUGGAAAUAACAGCUGCUCUGGGAGAGUUGAGUUCAAUUCCAUUGGCGUGUGGGGGGCAGUGUGUGGUGAGGUUUGGGACAUGAACGAGGCAGAGGUUGUGUGCAGAGAGCUGGGCUGUGGCUCCGCUGUGUCUGCUUUAAAAGGAUCCCACUUUGGACAGGGGCAGGGACAUGUCUGGCAGUAUAUAAUGGAAUGUACUGGAAGAGAAUCAUCACUGGAGAGAUGCGAUUCACAUGAACUUGAAGCAUCAUCCUGCAACCAGAAGUAUAUUGCAGGGGUUGUGUGUUCAGGUGACCUCACGGCUAUUUCCAGCUCACCUUUCUACACAGUCCGUUGUGUCUUCAUCACCUGCUACCUGCUGGUAAUGAGCAUCGCUGUGAUUAUUGAAAGAGUUUACUCCGGGAUCAGAAAAGCAGAGGAUUUGAAUCCUUCUCAGCUGUCCUCCUAACUCUGCUCAAAUCAAUCCCUUUUGCUAAACGCAUGCCAUGGUGACAGAAAGCUUUUAGUUACAGAGCUCAUCUUGCUUCGCUAUUAUGUUUGUUAACUAGAAUUUCAUUGUUGGGUAAUUAGUGUAGCAUUAUCCCUGUUGCAGUCGGCAUUGUCUGUGAUUGAUUCCCUGUGUAACUGUGAUGCAUCUAGAGAUCGAUCUAUCACUUCAUUCUUGAACAGAUGAACAGGCUAUGCUAGAAGGGGUGCUUCAUGAUAGCUAACACACAGACACCAGCAAUGCUAUUUAUCUUGUUUUAAUGUGUUUAACCCCUUCACUGCUCAGGCUUUUGGAACCCUCAGUGCAAGAGGUUUUUCCUGAAUUUAGGACUGAAUCAUUUCAAAUCAACUAUCUCACGAGUCUCUAAAGGAAACACAGGAAAACUAUAUUUUUCAGCACAAUCUGAGCGUUUCAGUGAUGGUAUAUUUGUGGGCAACUGAUUGAGAAAUUGCAGGUUCUAUGUAACUUUAACUGUGGAAAAGUUAUUUCUUAACAUGAUAAUGACACAAGUUGUGUGCGUCUCACAUUCCCAAUAACUUCACUAUAUAGGGAGAAACAAAUAUCUAUUUCCCUAGGAGGUGGUGUGUUUCUGCCAUGCCGGAUUACACAUUUCUAUUAAAAACAAGUGUUAGAAAAUAAAAUAUUGCCGGGUCAAAUGACCUUUGUGUUUUUCAUAGUGUGAACUUUAGGGGCAUAUGAAAACUAUAUAUUUAUUUAUUGAAACUAGACAAGUAUAACAUUCAAUCUAUAUGACAUUAUUUUGCUUGGAAUAAAAG